GGUGAAACCCGAGUCCGGCUGCUUUUGUCUCAACUUUUCUGUCCACUGGAAGUUUAAUAAAGUGGGAACACGAAGUCACUGGAAACACGGGGAGCCUCACACUGGAUCUACUGCUCUGGCCGUGCGUGGGUGCGUGUGUGCGUGCCUUUUAUAUCUGUCGGACUGUGUUUUAACCGCGCGCGUGAGAGUUAGUUUUCGGGAUCUCCAGCACCUCCAGUUUCACCGACCCCUCUCCGCUCCCCAGGCCGCCUCUCAGAGCUCCUAUCCCGGCCUCGGAGGCAGCCGCGCCCCGCUGCCCUCCGCUGGAGGAGAACAAAGUGUCCGGAAUCGGAUAGAGAUGGAGGGAUGACAGAGAAGAGAAGAGAAGAGAGGAGGAGUGGAGUCGACGCACUUUAACCCACUUGUGCUGCUUUUUGCUCCUAAUUCCAACUUGCGAGGCGUCCAUCUUGGAAAAGUUUCCUUCUAACGUUACUUCUUCAUCAUCCAUCAGGCGGAUCCUUUUCUUUUUUUUUUUAAGUCUGUUUUUGGGCUCAAAUGAGGCGCGCGCGAACGGCCGAGAGCGAGCCGAGCUGACGUCAUAGCCAGUGAUCGAUAGGACCGAUCGGCUGGGUUCGGCUUGUGUUCGGCUGUGUUCGGGUGUGUGGUUGUUUCGUGGUGGAUGGAGGGUGAGAGGGGGCUUCGGGCCGUUGCUGCCCCGGGACGGGCCUCUCUCUGCGGGCUGCCGCUGCUCCUCCUCCCGCUGAUCCUGGUGACCUGCUGCCGGGCAGAGGAAGAGGUGCUGUUGAACACCAAGUUGGAAACGUCUGACCUUCGAUGGACGACCUAUCCUGCUGACGACCCGCAGUGGGAGGAAGUGAGUGGAUUGGACGACGAGUCUAACAGCGUACGGACCUAUCAGAUCUGCACUCCGGACAGCGCGGCCUCCUAUUGGCUGAGGACUCGCUGGAUCCCCCGCAGGGCGGCGACCACGCUCUACGUCGAGAUCCGGUUCACCAUGAUGGAGUGUUCCGGUCUGAACCAGCGCCCGUGUAAAGAGACGUUUAACGUGUACCGGUACGAGAGCGAGAGCGACGAGGCCACGCCCACCCACCCGUCCUGGAUGGAGAACCCGUACACCAAGGUUUCCACGCUGGCGGCCGACCACCUGCUGCGCCGCGGCGGCGAGCGCCGCUCCAACGUCAAGCUGCUGCGCCUGGAGCCGCUGGGGGGGGCGGGGCUGUACCUGGCCUUCCAGAGCCAGGGCGCCUGCAUGGCGCUGCUCGCCGUGCGCGUCUUCUACAGGAAGUGCCCGCCGCUCCACCGCGCCUUCGCCGUCUUCCCCGAAACCGUCCCCCACUCUCUGGUGGAGCAGGCUCAGGGCGUGUGUGUGGAGAACGCCGUGACUCCGCCCGGCGAGCAGUCGCGUCUUCCCAGCAUGCUUUGCGGCGAGGACGGGCAGUGGGUGGGGCAGCCGUCGUCCAGCUGCGCCUGUCGCCCAGGAUACGAGGCGGGGGAGACCGACGUGCGCUGUCGAGCGUGUCCAUCAGGUCAGUUUAAGGCCGAGUCAGGACCAGGGGGGUGUGGUCUCUGUCCAGCCAAUAGCAACACUCGAGUCCCAGGCUCCGCCUACUGCCCCUGUAACCUUGACUACCACCGGGCCGACUCCGACCCGCCGCACGCCGCCUGCUCACGCCCCCCCUCUGCCCCCCGCUCCAUCGUGUCCCAGAUCAACGAGUCCUCCGUGGUUCUGGAGUGGAGCGAGCCGCUGGACCGGGGAGGACGGGGAGACCUCAACUACAGGGUGCUCUGCUACAGCUGGGGGGACACAGACCAGGGAUUGGCCAGUUCCUAUUCCCCGUGUGAUGACAGCGUCCUGUACCGGCCGGCGCAGAGCGGGUUGACUCAGCGCCGCGUGGCGGUCUGGGGACUCCGCCCACAUACCAGGUACACCUUCACCGUCCAAUCACUGAACGGAGUCUCCGCUCUCAGCAAAUCAGAGCCGGCCUCGGACGGAGUCAACGUCACCACCAGCAGAGACGUUCCCCCCCCUGUGUCUGGUCUGAGGAGGACAGCAGCCUCUGAGUCCAGUCUGUCUCUAGAGUGGAGCGCUCCGGUUCUCCAGAACCAGCACCAGAUCCUGGACUACCAGCUCCGCUACAGCCCCAAGGAUGGUGAGGAGGCGGGCCAGUGGCAGUACGUGUCCAGCAGGUCUUCUUCUGUGGUGCUGACGGGGCUGCAGCGGGCGCUGCGGUACCAGGUCCAGGUCCGCGCCCGCUCCCAGGCCGGGUACGGGUCCUUCGGGGCGGCGAGCGCCUUCAGCACACUGCCAGACGGUGUUGGUCACUCUCAGCUGGUGCUGACGGGGGUUCUGGUCUCCAUGGGGAUCCUGCUGCUCAUCGCCGUGGUGAUUGUCGCCGUGUACUGUUACCGGAGGAGGGUGAAGGACUCUGAGAUGAGUGAUAAGAGUGGACACUACCAGAUGGGACAGACGAUGAAGGUGUACAUCGACCCGUUCACCUACGAGGAUCCCAACGAGGCCGUCAGGGAGUUCGCCAAGGAGAUCGAGGCCUCCUUCGUCAAGAUAGAGGAAGUAAUCGGAGCAGGUGAGUUUGGCGAGGUGUGCCGUGGCCGUCUACGCGUCCCGGGCCGGAGGGAGAACUACGUGGCGAUCAAGACGCUGAAGGGCGGCUACACGGAGAAGCAGAGGCGGGACUUCCUGUCGGAGGCGUCCAUCAUGGGCCAGUUCCAGCACCCCAACAUCAUCCACCUGGAGGGCGUCAUCACCACUUCCUGUCCCGUCAUGAUCCUCACGGAGUUCAUGGAGAACGGGGCCCUGGACAGCUUCCUCAGGAUGAAUGACGGCCAGUUCACCCCCAUCCAGCUGGUGGGGAUGCUGCGCGGCAUCGCCGCGGGGAUGAAGUAUCUCUCAGAGAUGAGCUUCGUCCACCGAGACCUCGCCGCCAGAAACAUCCUGGUCAACUCCAACCUGGUCUGCAAGGUUUCAGAUUUUGGUCUCAGCAGGUUUCUGACUGAGAACUCCUCCGACCCGACGUACACCAGCUCUCUGGGCGGGAAGAUUCCUAUUCGCUGGACGGCGCCUGAAGCCAUCGCCUACAGGAAGUUCACGUCGGCCAGCGACGCGUGGAGUUACGGCAUCGUCAUGUGGGAGGUGAUGUCAUACGGCGAGCGGCCAUACUGGGACAUGAGCAACCAGGACGUGAUUAAUGCCAUUGAGCAGGACUACCGGCUGCCCCCCCCUCCAGACUGCCCCUCCUCCCUGCACUCUCUGAUGCUGGACUGCUGGCAGAAGGAACGAGCCAAUCGGCCGAGGUUCUGCGACGUGGUGGCAGCGCUGGAUAGGCUGAUCCGAAACCCCACCUCCCUGAAGGUGACGCUCGCCGAGGGACGAAGCCUGUCCCAGCCCCUGUUGGACCAGCGCCCCCCCCCUCCCCUCUCGGCCUGUGCGUCUGUCUCUGAUUGGCUGCGAGCGAUAAAGAUGGAGCGCUACGAGCAGAGCUUCCUCCAGGCCGGCUUCAGCAGCCUGGACAUAGUCUCCCAGCUCAACACAGACGACCUGCUCCGAGCGGGCGUGACGCUCGCCGGCCACCAGAAGAAGAUGCUCUCCUCCAUCCAGACGCUCCGGAUACACAAAGCCCCGCCCCCUCUGCUCUACUGACCAAUCACAGCCCAGACCGCAGCCCUCAGAAGCACUGACUGUUUCUCUAACUCACCCCAGCAACAUGUAGACCAAUCAGAGAGCCCGAGGACGGCUAAGACUCCGCCUCCUGGUCGGUCUGACCAAUCAGAGAGCCCGAGGACGGCUGAGACUCCGCCUCCUGGUCGGUCUGACCAAUCAGAGAGCCCGAGGACGGCUAAGACUCCGCCUCCUGGUCGGUCUGACCAAUCAGAGGGGAAACAGCUGAAAGCACAGAAACACUAAAUACUUUCUGCAGGAAGGUCUAACGUAACGUUGACUCAGGUGCUACGGGACUCAGGUGCUACGGGACUCCGCCUACUUCAUCCUGACCAAUCAGAGCCGAGGACAGAGUUGGCUGCUUUAACUUCCUAAUUUUUCCGGAUGACAUCUGCCGUCCGCCGCUCAGGAAAACCAAAGCUCCUCCCCCCUAGAGUCGGGGCCUUCAACGAAGAGCAAACGCACGUUUCCUGGGUGAAAGUAUUAGAAAUAUAUGAAAAUAUAUCAGCCUACAGUCAGACAGUGUAGUGGAAUUCUGCGUAACGUCCACGAAGGUUAAAGUCCAGGAAACCCGAAGCUCUGCCUCCCUUAAAGGACAAAUCCGGCACUAAACCAACCUAGGGGUUAAUAACAGAUGUGUCCCCACUCUGUUGUUCUCUAGGACGUGUUUUCAUGCUAAUCCUAUGAGUUUGUAGCUUGAAAACAAGCUAGCACGGGCCGCUGGUUAGCU